CUUUGGCUGACAGAUCCGGCGCAAGCCAGUGCCUAUCUUUCAAUUGGCAACCCCCAAGCGCGUGGCAGCGCCAUUGGCGCUGACAGUGCCGAUGCCAAGUCAGUGGUAGCCUUGACUAAUAUGCAUCUGGCACCACUGGGUAGCUCGGAAAGCAUCGAGACGGUGCUGGACCAGUUCCGGCGCAACCACGUUACAAUCCUCAACGCUGGCAAGGUGAAAGACAAAAACGAGACUGCGAUUCGGUCGCUGCGGAUGCAUGGCGGCGGUAGCCUUAUGCUUGGGUGCACUGGACGCACCAUCAUCAUGUGGGACACUGAAAAUUUUGUUCAAAAAGGGACGCUCAGGCUGAUGGGUGAUAUCAACGACGUGUACGAUGUCGGCGGUGACUAUCUUGUUGCCAACUCGACACAGAGCAAGGUUGGUGUGUGGAAGCGCGAUUCCUCCAACUUCAUGUGGUGUUUCAGCGGAGCACGUCAGUUCAGUAGAAAGUCCGAUGGCUGCCGCAUAGCCACAGCGAUCAAGGUCAACACAAAGUGGGCAAACAGCAUAUGUGGGUGAUGUGAUGGGAAGUCUGUCGCUAUGUGAUUUCCGCGAUCGCUACAUGACGAGUCUGAGCACGACAUUCAAGGGCGCAAUUAAAGGAGCUGGAGACCGUUCGUGACUGG